AUAUUUGGCCUCAUUUCUUCCUUCUCUGAUCUCUCUAAUGUCUGCCGCCGAUCCACCGGUGAUGACGACUGGUGUCGGCCUCGGUUACGGCAUUGCUAUUGCCGUUAGCAUCCUCGUACUCAUCUCCACUAUCAUGUUUGCUUCCUACGCUUGCGUUAGAGUUAAAGCUAACGGUCGUAGUGAUAGUGGUGGUAGUAAUAGCAAUAACAACGAUAACGGAGUUGAGACGUCCAAUCACGAGUCUACCUUGAGAACGUCAGCGGAGGCGGUGGUGGUGAUGGUGAUGGGCCUAGAUGGGUCCAUCAUAGAAUCUUACCCGAAGAUGGUGCUCGGUGAGAGUCGAAGACUACCAAAGCCCAACAACGGCCCAUGCUCCAUUUGCUUGUCCGACUAUCGGCCCAAGGAUAAUAUACGGUGCAUUCCAGAUUGCGAUCACUGCUUCCAUGCAGAUUGCAUUGAUGAAUGGCUCCGAAUGAGCGCCACGUGUCCUUUGUGUAGGAAUUCUCCUGCUCCCUCGGCGAGUCCUACGCCUGUUGCUACUCCUUUGUCAGAAUUGGCUCCGCUGGCCUUCAACGCCAGGUGAUUUUGUUUUUUUAUUCUUUAUUUUUUAU